GCCAUGAUAUCAGAGGCUGAGAACUUCUCGGUGACAGAGUUUGUCCUCGCAGGCUUAACCGAUCAGCCGGCACUCCAGCGGCCACUCUUCUUCCUGUUCCUGGCUUUCUACUUGGUCACCGUGGUAGGGAACCUGGGCCUAGUCAUCCUAAUUGGGCUCAACUCCCACCUGCACACCCCCAUGUACUUUUUCCUCUUCAACUUGUCCUUCAUAGACUUCUGCUACUCCACGGUCAUCUCUCCCAAACUGCUGAUGAGUUUCAUCUUGAAGAAGAACAUCAUCUCCUACGCAGGUUGCAUGGCCCAACUCUUCUUCUUUCUCUUCUUCGUUGUCUCAGAGUCCUUUAUUCUGUCCGCCAUGGCUUAUGACCGCUACGUGGCCAUCUGCAACCCACUUAUGUACACCACCAGCAUGUCACCCCACACCUGCUUGCUUCUGUUGGUGGGAGUCUACGUGAUGGGCUUUGCAGGGGCCAUGGCUCACACAGCCUGUAUGGUUCAGCUGACCUUCUGUGCCCACAAUCUGGUCAACCAUUACAUGUGCGACAUCCUUCCCCUCCUGGAGCGUGCCUGCAGCAGCACUGCCGUCAACGAGCUGGUAGUUUUCAUUGUGGUGGGCAUUGAUAUUGGGGUGCCCACAGUCACCAUAUUCAUCUCCUAUGCCCUCAUUCUUUCUAGCAUCCUCCGUAUUAACUCCACACAGGGCAGGUCCAAGGCCUUCAGCACUUGCAGCUCCCACAUCAUGGCCGUUUCUCUCUUCUUUGGGUCCGGGGCAUUUAUGUACCUCAAACCAUCCUCACUCUUACCCAUGAACCAGGGUAAAGUGUCCUCCCUGUUCUAUACUAUUGUGGUGCCCAUGCUCAACCCGUUGAUCUACAGCCUGAGGAAUAAGGAUGUCAAAGUGGCCCUGAGAAAAACCUUGGGGAAAAAAUCAUUCUGA